AUGAGUGCGUUGCUGCGCAUUACGCUCAAGAAGACCCGCCGCGUGGGCGCCUUGAAGCUCACGGACCGGCGGGCGUCUCUAGAUGCGGCGCCGCCUCGCUCUCCCCCAACCCUCCCAGAAAUCCAGCUCACGCCGACCGACAUUUCGCUCGGUGACAUGAAUGGGAAGCUGUGGUCGCCCUCCGAGAACGAUGCUCGAACUCCCUCGCCCUCUGUCGUGAACAUGCCGUCCUCCAACCGAAAUGGCGUCUACGAGCCCGCCGUCCACAUCACCCCGACCCCUCCGCUCUCCGAGCUCCCCAACGGCGUCUCCAACAAUCCCGGCGCCUCGCCCUUCUCGAACCCCUCCAAGUCCACCACAAAGGUCAUCGAGCGCCUGACCGCCUCCAAUGACGCCCUGCGCCGCGACCUCAACUCGGAGAAGGCCAAGAGCCAGGAGUUGACCGAGAACCUGCGCGCCAAGAACAACGUCAUUGAGCGCCUCCAGGCCGAUAACAACACCCUCCGCUCCGCCGCCGAGGCUGCCGAGCGUACCCGCAAAUCCCGCAAGGAAUUCGAGGAGACACUGCGGACACAACUCAAGAGCGAGGAGGAGCGCCGGAAGCAGGCCGAGGCACAAGCGACCGGCCUGGGCAUCCAGCUCGGACAGGUCACCUCGGCCGCAAAGCAGGAGCUCGCCGCCGCCAAGAAGGAGCACACUGACGAGCUCGCUCGCGCCCGCCAGGAGCAGAUCCGGGAGGUGUCCAACCUCCGCGAAGAGCUGCAGCAGGCCCAAGAGCAACUGCGGCGGAUGACGGACAAGAACAAGGAGAUUGAAACGCGCUGGAACGCGUCCGACAGCAUUUUCAAGGCCGAGCUCAAGAAGCGCGACAGACGGCUCGACGCAAUUGCGGAAGGCCGGGAAGAGGAGCGCCGGCAGGUCAUCAGGCAGGAGCACGCUAUCGCCGCUCACGACGUCGUCGUCAGUCAACUCCGCAGUGAACUGGAAAAGAAGGAUCAGGUCGCCCUUGAACUACAACAUCUAUUCACCACGUACAAGAACACCACAGAGUCGGAGGCCAAGAAGUACAGAGAAGAGACGGAAGGGGACGUGGGCAAAUUACGCAAAGAGGGCGCCGAGAUGCACAAACAAGUCGCCGAAUCCCUCUCACAUCUCGACAAGGUUCUCCCGCAGGCGGAAGAUGCCAUCGCCUUCCUCCGCUACGUCAAGCAAUACCACAUGCCUUCGAAAUAA